CGGAAGUUAGCUGACUUUGAGCAUUAGCCGGGUAGGCAGCCAAACAAUUUGUCAUCCAGCCUGGUUAUCAGCUCAAACAGUUUUCGGAACUCCGCUCUUUGUUAAGUGCCUUUUUGUAUGCCCAGCUGACCAGCCCCUUGAUCAGCAAAAUGAGCAGUGGAGGAGCGGUGGAGAGUGGUAAGCCUGCCAAGGUGGGUUCCGUAGUGGAGGUGAUAGGGAAGGGUCACCGUGGCACUGUUGCCUAUGUGGGUGCCACCCUUUUUGCCACAGGGAAAUGGGUGGGUGUCAUCCUGGACGACGCCAAAGGCAAGAAUGAUGGCACCGUGCAGGGGAAACGCUACUUCACCUGUGAGGAAAACCAUGGGAUAUUUGUCAGGCAGUCCCAGAUCCAAGUCGUGGAAGAGGGCUCCAGUGCCACCUCACCAGACGCUCCCGAAUCUGUUGUGUCCAAGUUACCCAGAUUUAAGGAAAUACCUGAGACCCCUAAAACAACCAAACAGUCCUCUACCCGUCGCUCUGCCAAGACACAGCGGGCCAGUCUGUCCUCCUCUUUGUCAAGCAAUGUCAUCAGCGAGGUUGACCUUUCUUCCCAGGGGGCCCUUGCAGCCCCUGUUAUACCCCAGCCAAGCCCUUUGCCCGCUGCAACAGCAAGCCCGGCCCCUGCUACCCCAAGCAAGGUGGAACCUGCCAUGUCAAAGCAGGAAGAGGAGUCCCUACGAGCCCAGGUGAAGGACCUGGAGGAGAAGCUGGAGACGCUGAAGAUGAAGCGGACUGAGGACAAGGCCAAGCUUAAGGAACUGGAGAAGCACAAGAUCCAGCUUGAGCAGCUUCAGGAGUGGAAGACCAAGAUGCAGGAGCAGCAGGCAGAGCUGCAGAAACAACUCAAAGAGGCCAAGAAGGAAGCUCGUGAGGCACAGGAGGCGAAGGAGCACUACAUGGAGGAGAUGUCAGACACAGCAGAUGCCAUAGAGAUGGCCACACUGGAUAAGGAGAUGGCAGAGGAGCGGGCAGAGUCACUGCAAGUGGAGGUAGACUCGUUGAAAGAGAAGGUGGAUGAGCUCUCUAUGGACCUGGAGAUAUUAAAACACGAGAUCGAAGAGAAAGGCUCAGACGGUGCUGCUUCCAGUUACCACGUCAGACAGGCGGAGGAGCAGAACAGUAGGCUGAAGGAUGCGCUGGUCAGGAUGCGUGACCUGUCUGCGUCGGAGAAGCAGGAGCAUGUGAAGCUGCAGAAGCAGAUGGAGAAGAACAACUCUGAGCUGGAGACUCUGAGGAGUCAGAAGGAGAAACUUCAGGAAGAUAUGAAGCAGGCUGAGGCUACUAUCGAUGAACUGAAAGAACAGGUGGAUGCUGCCCUUGGGUCAGAGGAGAUGGUAGAGACUCUGACAGAGAGGAACCUGGACCUGGAGGAGAAAGUUAGAGAGUUGCGUGAGACCGUCACGGAUCUGGAGGCAAUCAAUGAGAUGAAUGAUGAGCUCCAGGAGAAUUCCAGGGAGACGGAGAUGGAGCUGAGGGAGCAGUUGGACAUGAGCACGACCAAAGUCCGAGAAGCCCAGAAGAGGGUGGAAGCGGCCCAGGAGACUGUAGCCGACUACCAGCAGACCAUCAGCAAAUAUAGAGAGCUAACCACUAGGUUACAGGAGGACAACAGAGAGCUGACGAGCCAGCAGAGUGCCAACGCGGAGCAGGUCCAGCAGCCUCCCGCUGAGCUGUUUGACUUCAAGAUCAAGUUUGCAGAGACCAAAGCCUACGCCAAGGCCAUUGAGAUGGAGCUGAGGAAGAUGGAGGUGGCCCAGUCAAACAGGCAGGUCUCCCUUCUCACCUCCUUCAUGCCUGACUCCUUCCUCCGCCAUGGAGGAGACCAUGACUGUGUCCUAGUGCUCCUGCUCAUCCCCAGGCUCAUCUGUAAGGCUGAGCUGAUCAGUAAACAGGCUCAGGAGAAGUUUGACCUCGACGGGAAUCCCGUGCAGGAAACCCGAAUGAGGGGACCUCCAGGGGAACAGCUCAGCUUUGCCUCGGGACUGGUGUACUCACUCAUCCUGUUGCAGGCCACCCUGCACAAAUACGAACAAGCUCUGAAUACCUGCAGUGUGGAGGUGUUUAAGCAGAUGGGCACGCUGUACUCAGAGAUGAGCGUCCAUGAGCGCUCCCUGGACUACUUCAUUGACCUGCUGCACAAAGACCAGCUAGAUGAGACAGUGCAGGUGGAGCCCUUGACCAAGGCCAUCAAGUACUACCAGCAACUGUACAACAUCUACCUGUUAGAGCAUACUGAGGACUGCACAGUGCAGCUAGCUGACCACAUCAAGUUUAUCCAGAGUGCCCUGGACUGUAUGCAUGUGGAGGUGGCUCGUCUGCGGGCCUUCCUGGCGGCAGGUCAGGAGAGUUCCACCCUCACCAUCCUUCUGAAGGAUCUUGACACCUCCUGCUCAGACAUCAAACAGUUCUGUAAGAAGAUCCGUCGCCGCAUGCCUGGAACUGACACAGUAGGGGUCCCAGCUGCCCUCAAGUAUGGACCACAGGUGUCGGAGACCCUGACAGAGUGCAGGCGGCAGCUUACAAGGGUGGUCGCUGUGCUCCAGGAGGUGGCUGCGGCCGGGGCUCAGAUGGUGGCUCCAUUGCCUGAGCAGGAGGGGCUCAAUGCUCUGGCAUUAGAGGAUGUCACCCUCAAGGCCACGGAGCAGGUCUUUGGUGCCCAUGGUCUGACUGCUCAGGAGUCUCUGCGUCAGUCCUGUAGCGCUGUCAUUGCAACCAUGAACAAAAUGGCCACUGCCAUGCAGGAGGGCGAAUACGAUGCAGAGAAGCCACAUGGCAAGACUACCCCAGUAGAGUUGCGGGCAGCAGCCCUAAGGGCAGAGAUGACUGAUGCUGAAGGUUUGGGAGUCAAACUGGAGGACAGGGAGACUGCCAUCAAGGAGCUCAAGAAGUCCCUCAAGAUUAAAGGGGAGGAACUGAGUGAGGCCAACGUCCGCUUGAGCCUGCUGGAGAAGAAGCUGGAUACCUCCACCAAAGAUGCAGAUGAGCGGGUGGAGAAGAUUCAGACCAAACUGGAUGAGACCCAGGCCCUGCUGAAGAAAAAAGAGAAGCAGUUUGAAGAGACAAUGGACGCCUUGCAGGCUGACAUUGACCAACUGGAGGCUGAGAAGGCAGAGCUGAAACAGCGCAUCAGUAACCAAUCAAAGAUGACCAUUGAGAGCCUCAGAGGCCCACCCGCCACCACUGGAAUAGCCUCCAUUGUCCAGGGUUCAGCUGGAGGCCUGCCUGCUCCCAUGGCGGGGACGGUGCAGGUGGUGGACUCGCCUCUCCUCAGGCAGCAGGUUGAGGCCCAGAGACUGGGCAUCAAAUACCUCAAGAAUGAAAACAAUCGACUCAAGGCUGAGAGGAUGAGAGCCCAGCUUGCCUCCCUGCCUCCUCUGCACCUCUCCAAACUGCCCCAGAUAAGCAAAGAAGGCUCCUCACCACCAGAGGGACUCAACACUGCCAUUUACCGCAGGACAGACCAAUUACUGGCCACCCUGCUCAAACUGAGCGCAGAUGUUAAAGUAGUGGACAUCACAGGGAAGACAGGAGCCAGUGCCAGCGCCCAGCUUCUUGAACAGACUGCUCAACUGCAGAAUCUAAGUGAUGCUCUGGACAAACUCAAGGGUGAAGUAGCAGAGCAUGUAGUCUCACAUCAGCCUGGAGCAAAGGCCUCCUCUGACUUUGCCACCUUCCCCAUCUCCUCCUUUGUUAAGGCAAAGAAGGAGAAACAGGGAGGGAUGGUGUUUGUGGGACGUGUGGCUAUCCCAUGUGUGCAGGGGCAAGAACAAGUCCACCGCCUCGUCCUGUCACAGCAGCAACUGCAGCAAGUGCACCAGCUCCUCAUGACCUAACAGGCCUUGCCAUUGGCCCAUGUCCAAAUUUGACAAAACAGCAACUGACGAAAAGAACAUAGCGCAAUUUUUCUCUAUUCCUUCUUAUUCCAACUAUCCCCUCCAACAUUCUUCUCCAUUCUACUUGUAGUUCAUCAAAUUCUCAGGAAAUUUUAUUCAAUUUUGUGAUGUUACAGCUCUAGUUGUCACAACUCCACCUACAUGCCAAAGAGACACGGUGUGUUCCCGUCAGUUAUACUCAAUGUUGAUAAUCAGAAUGCGUUUAAACGUUUUCUGAAAUUCCUGAAUGAUUUGACUCUUGAAUGUCACAUCGCCCAACCAGGCGCGUGUUUUGUGGGAACACUAAUUUGGGGACUUUUUGGGGAAAUUAAAAAGCAGCAAAUGAUUUUUUUUGUACGGCACUUGCAGCUCUCAAUGCUUCUGUCCUGAGCUGUUUUUUUUUCCUUUCCCCUAUUGUAGAUGAUUUGAACAAAUAAACAAUCCAAUCCAGCAUAGCAAUAAAUGUUUACAAAAAAUGUAAAGCUUUUCCUUUAAAGGGUUAUUUUCCACUCUCCUGCCAUUGUAUUCAAGUCCAUGUGGUCUAUACAUCAUGUUACCAAAGGUUUCUUUAAAAUAAUUUAAAUUUUCUGAAUUGAGUAUCGAGCACCUCUAUCAGUGGUUUAUUACAGUGCCUUUCAUAUUUUCUCUCCACUGAUUGCAGUCUGACAGGCGACUUGCUCCAGUCAGCUUCACAGAAGACAUACAAAAUUGCGUCAUAGUCGAGAAGUGCGCAUGGCUGCUGGAAGAGUUUU